CGAGGACGACGAGCCGGCUUCCUUGUGCUGGUGAAGAAGCCGAUACUCGUUCUAUACGCCAAGUGCACUCGCCACAGGAUGAACAUAGUGGGGCAAGGAGCUCCAUUGGCGUACACCUCGCGCUUUCUUCCCACCAAUUAAAUCUCCGAUUCAAUUUCUCCGCUUGGAACGUUCGUCCUCUCGGCACUGGACCCUCGCGAAGACGUCGCGUCGACGUCUAAACGAAAGCGACGUCGUCGGAUACGGACGAGACGAUCGGUUUCGGCUGCGCGAAGUCCAGACGAUAUCCGGCGAAACCGAAUCGUCGGCAGAGACUACGCCAUUGAAAAAGUCUACAGCGGGCCAUGUACUGUGAGUGGGAAAAGAGGUAAAGAAGGGGAAGGGCUACCCAUUCGGUAGCAAAUGCUGGUAACCCGUCGCAAGGUCAAGAUCAGUCGGUUAAUCCUAUCCAGUCAGCCGAGGCCCUUGCACCUUGGAGGACGAACGACCCUCACGCACGGAACUGAAAUUUCAUUUUCCGAUCCUACGAUAUACAUAGUUUCGAUUCGCUGCGUUUCUGAAAAUUCUCGAUCGAGUGCAGUCGAAUGCAGCAGCGGGUCCAUUACACGAAAAUCUUAGUGGUUCAUCGGUUACGUGAUGCUUCCUAAUUGAUCCAUCGAUAGUAUCCGCACAACGAGGAGACCGAGGCAACGAGGUGUAAAUGUUGGUCUCAACUUAACAAUUUUUUCGAGUAACUCGCGGCAUUGAGUCUGCUAUUUCUCGGUCUUUCGAAGAGUCGAUCGGUUAGGUGACUCGGUAGCGCGACCACUGGCUCUGACACUUAACGUUCGAUCGGUCUAUCGGGAGAUAAACAAUCGCGCGGUCAACAUCGACGAUCACUUAGUCACCGUGGGAUUACCUCGUCAUUCGUUAAAGACAGUGAUUAUACAGUGGAGACAACCGUAGUUGUGCCUUUUACAACGUAUCCCUCCACGGGGCCUCUGUUAUGGAAACCUGCGUCUUAAUACCUAAAGAGUUUUCUCUGGUUCUCGCUAACGAUCGGUCCACCUACAAGGGUCUAUUCAAGAAUGAUUCAGGAAGCCUAGUUACGGACGUCAGAAUAUCGGUCUGGUCGAACGUACUUAUUCCAUCAGGGACGUUGAUCUAUCCCUUUCAGGGGUCCAUUCGAUUCGACAAGAUCGACCUCUAUUCUCUCCUAGACGAUAAUGAUAUCAGACGUGAAUAUGGGUGCUACGAUGAAGUUUUCUUUUCAAAUUAUAGCCUUAACAAACGCCAAUGCAAUUGGAUAAGAUUUCUUCGUAUAGUGCAGACUUAUAAUGAUCAAGUUAAUCUAAUUGGUACCAAAGUCAAAGGGGAUCCAAUUUUCGAAGUAAUAAAGGAUGUUCAACCCGAUACUGAAUUAGUGGCUUGGUUCCUUCCUACGGCAGAACAAGACUUCGUUUUCAUUUCACACGAUAUGUGUUCGAGGUCCGCUUUGUACAGAUGCACGAUCGACUCUAUUUUAGACGAAUCUCCGUUAGAUUUGUCCAUGGCACUGCUCUCUCAUCAUUCGCCAGCCGCAAUUCCACACCCGUACUAUGAAGUCGAUGAAUACGAGUCAACAUCCGAAGAGUCUUCUUCGUCGACAUUAUCCUUAACGGGGGAUCACUUGGACUGUAGUAUUUUGACAACGAUCAAAAGGGGCGAGAGGGUACUGCUGCCGUGUGAAGUGUGCGGAAAGUCCUUCGACAGACCUUCUCUUCUGAAACGUCAUAUGAGAACGCACACAGGAGAGAAACCGCAUGUUUGUGUGGUGUGUAAUAAGGGUUUCUCAACUUCGAGUUCCUUGAACACACACAAGCGGAUUCACAGCGGUGAAAAACCUCACCAGUGUCUUGUUUGCGGUAAGAAGUUCACGGCCUCAUCAAACUUGUAUUAUCAUCGCAUGACUCAUAUUAAGGAAAAGCCACACAAAUGUUCUCAGUGUUCGAAAUCAUUUCCAACGCCUGGAGAUCUCAAGAGUCACAUGUACGUACACAAUGGACUAUGGCCAUUUAGGUGUCACAUUUGCAGUCGGGGUUUCAGUAAACCGACCAAUCUUAAAAAUCAUAUGCUACUGCAUCUCGGCAGGUGUACUAACAAGAAGAUCGUUAAAUCUAUUUCCGAUUAUUAACAAGUGUAAAGAUAUUCUCGUAACUAUAGGUCAUUCAGCGAAGAUGUCGAAUCUUCCUAUUAUACAUAUAUCGUGAUAACUAAAUUUAUUCCUUUAAAUAAUUAUUUAAUAAAAUUAUUUUCCUAAAUUAAAUGUUAUUCCCCCUGUUUUAUUUAUAUCGAUAUGCGCGAGUAACAAUUUAAGAAUGAGCAUAUACAAAAAAUGGUACAUAGUAGGUGUAUUAUUAUAAUAAUAGUUGUUAACGCUUCGACAACGAAGACAAUGUACAUGUACAUAUAUAAGUUAGGCGAAUCCUGCAUAAUAAUAUGGUUCAAGAAACCCGAGCGGGCGAAGAGCUCUAUGUUAUGAAUAUUUUUAUUUCAUAUGUACGAAUUUUUACGACCAUGAUGUUUCAAAUGUUGUAAAGUUGUUGAGCAUCGUGUGGAUUCAGCGUCUUAAGUGUGUAAUUAUUCACGGCCAUAGUCGUACCAUAGUCGAACGUUACUUCACGUAUAAAUUGUUAAAAUAUUCUAGGACAUUUAUAAUUAAAUGUUCCACUUGUAAAUGAAGUUUUCAUUUCUGAAAUACAACUACAAUAUUUCCUUGAACAGAUUCUUUUUGUUUUAAGAGAUGUAAAAAUAUUGCAUAAACAUUGAAUAAACCGUAAAUCCUACGUC